GCUAGCGACACCUCGCGGCCAAGAGCAGCAGUCGAAUAGAAUUGGUUAGUGCCUCCAGUGAGUAGGAGGUUGUGUAUACGCUUGUUCUUUCGCAAUAUGUAAACAAUUCGAUACAAACCUCAGCCUCACUUUAACGAACAAAGGAACAUUAUUUAUUGAUAAUAAUGGGGACCCAUACUGGCAAUGUCGUCACCCUGGCGAACAGUAUCAUCGGUGUCAGUGUUCUUGCUAUGCCCUUCUGUUUCAAACAGUGUGGUAUCAUUCUGUCGAUUCUGAUGCUACUGUUUAGCAACAUCAUCUCACGCCUUUCUUGUCACUACCUAAUGAAAUCUGCGAUCAUGGAAAAAAGAAAGAACUUUGAAAUGCUGGCAUUCAGAGCAUUCGGACCGACGGGAAAACUGAUGGUGGAACUAUGUAUAAUUGGUUUCAUGCUGGGAACAUGCAUCGCCUACUUUGUGAUCAUGGGCGACCUCGGGCCUGGUAUCGUGAGCCCAUUAUUUGGAUUUCAACACCCGACAGCGCUUAGGCCGAGCGUGCUUAUUGCUAUUGCGAUCUUCGUAGUCCUUCCCUUGGGUUUGCUGAAGAACGUCGAUAGCCUCAGUGGUGUUUGUGCUGCUACCGUCGCUUUUUAUGCUUGCUUAGUAUUGAAGGUCCUCGGUGAAGCUGUCGAACACUUGAUCAGCGCAGAUUGGAUCGACAAAGUGUACUAUUGGAGGCCGUCCGGCAUUCUACAGUGUAUUCCAAUAUUUUCUAUGGCUCUUUCUUGCCAAACGCAAUUAUUUGAGAUAUUCGAUUCACCUCCAAGCACUCCUCUCGAUAGAAUGAAUUCCGUAGUCAGGUCUGCGACUAACAUGGUAACAAUGUUCUACGUAUCGGUCGGCUUCUUCGGCUACAUCGCUUACUGCGAUCAGUCAUUUUCAGGUAACCUGAUGAUGAACUUCUCAAAGACGAUAACGAGCGAGGUGAUCAAAAUUGGAUUCCUGAUGUCGGUAGCGGUCAGCUUCCCAUUAGUUAUCUUUCCAUGUAGGGCCAGCAUCCACUCCCUAUUUUUCAGUAAGGGCUAUGAGCAUGCACAGACUGGAUCUGCUCACAUCCCCGAGUCUAGGUUCCAGUGUAUCACUCUGGUGAUAGUCACCUUGUCGCUGGUCAUCGGACUCCUCAUCCCUAACAUUGAGCUGGUUCUUGGGCUCGUUGGGUCGACCAUCGGUGUUGUCAUCUGUGUCGUCAUCCCGGCCGUCAUCUUCGUGUCGCUGUCGUCAAAGAGCAAUAACGAACGGCUACUGGCUAAGGCUUUGGUGUUCAUCGGUCUCGUAAUAAUGGUGCUUGGAACUUAUACCAAUUUGUAUGCGACUGAGGAAGCCAUUUCCAAACCUGAUGUGAAACCACCACGACCUCCAUUGCAAGAUUCGAUUUCGAAUCCUAUAUUACCAAAAGUUGUAAUCAAAGAUGAAACUUUAGAGAAGUUGAAUAAUGUCAAUGAACUCGUUGCUGCCUUGCCCAAUUUGAAAUCUGAAUCUAAGAUCAUUGCGGAUCAGAAAGAAACAUUAAAAGAAAACGUUAACAAAGGGAAUAUUAUGGAAAGUAAAGAGGUGAAGAGGGAGCCUCCUGUGCCCGAGGAACCCGUUGAUAUAAAGAAAGAAAGAAAAAUUCCCAAGUUAGAGCUUCCUCCCAAAAAUGUUCUCUCCGAUAUGAAUCCGCCUAAAGAAAAUAAUAUUCCUAAAGUAGAUACUCCGCUGAAAGUCGAUUCUGUUGUUGACAAUUCCGUCAAAGAUGAAAUAAAGAAGAUAGCAGGUUUACCUGAACCACCUAAGAAAUUGGAAAAGGAAGUUAUAUUGGAAAAUAUCAAUGUGAAAGAAAAAGAAAACGCAAGGGUUAUCGAAAAUAAAGAAAAAGAAUCUAAUAAAAAAGAAACACUUAUCGAAAGAAUUAAGGAACAUCAGAAAGCUCAGGAUGAGCUGAUUGCUAAAGGAGAAGAACUUAUAAAAGAAUUGAAAACGGUAGUUCAGGCCGAGACUAGAUCUAACGGUAGCAAGGAUACAAGUGCAGAUUUAAAUAAAAAUGCCAUACCUAUUGUUAAAAAUGUAGACAUGAAUGCUAAGGAAAUAAAUGUACCAGAAGUGAAAAAAGAAGAGAAAAAGGUGCAACCUGAAAGCCCGAUUCAUGAAGAUCCGAUAGUCGUCAGUAUGGCGAAGGGUGUUCCUUUACCCUUGGCUGUCAAGGGGAAGGUACAGAUGGUCGAGAAAGAAAAGGAAGAGAAGAAAUUAGAAAAUGAAGUAGAGAAAGUAGGAAGGGAUAUUCUUGGCGGUGAUCCUGCCGAGUUGAGAGAAAAGCGUGAUGUAGAAGAAUUGACCGAAAGGGCUCAUUCCUUGGAAAUCGAAUUGUCAGGACAGUCGACGACACCUCAGCCGGUAAAAGAAUUAAAAAAAUCUGCUGAGGUUAAAGAGGAGCCUAAGCCUGCUAAGGAUGUUAAUGCAGAGGAAGGAUCGUGUGCGAAAAACGGUUCUAUUGAAGAAAAUGGUAAAAAAACAGAAGCGGAAAAACCUCUUAUCCCAAAUACUACAAUCAAUAGCGUUGAUAAGCCACAAGAUCCGUUGAUUAAAUUCUCCUCACAUCUGUCUGACCCUAAGCCAAUCCUCAACGACUCUCCUCAACUUCUUGACAACAAAGCGGAUUCCAUCGUCGCCGAAAUGCCAAAAAGGAGGGACCUCAAAUCUAUAGAGACGAACGAUAUCGCUGAACCGAACCAAAGAAAUGGGUAGAAUAUUAUAAACUGAACAACUUCAUAUUUUCAUGAUUGUAUAUUUUGUACAGAUGGAAUUAUUUGUAAAUAUUAUGUACAUAUAUAUAAAUAUUAAAACGAGAAGUCAACUAAUAUAUUUUCGAUCGUGGUAUUUUGACAAUUUCUGUAUUUUACACGUGUGUGAUAUAGAUCUUAUUUAUAUUGAUAAAAAGUCUGCUACACGAUUCCUAUCUUUAUUUUUAAAUGAAUUAUGAAUUGAUAUAGUUAUUAAUUUAUUUAUGUGUAAAUAAAUUAUAGUUUUUAAGAUUUGUUUUAAAAGAAAUGAUCAUAUGCAUUUCUUCCAUCACCUGUGUCCUCUUUAGUCAGUAUUUUAUUUUGUAGUUAUUACAAUUAUUGUUAAUGGUAAACUAAAUUUAUCUUUUUGUCGAGACAUUUUGAAUAGCUGUAAACAUGAAUGACUGAAUAAUGAUAAAUUUGUGUGUUCUAGCUAUUGAAUCAUUCCAUUAUGAGACUGUAUUAAAUGUAUUUUUCUCUUAAAAGAUGAAAUAUAUUCCAUUAAUCUCUUGUCUAU